AAGACUUAUACAUGUGAACUAUCAAGCAAAUGUUAGGUAUGAUUCCGUGCCUCACAAGUGUCCACAUCGCCGCUUUUGCUCCUAACCAUCGCCGAUACGUGUAACGUGCCGUUAGGAGGCGGCAGUUAGCAAAUGGUUCAUUAUACGACCUACAUUUUAGCGUGAUGGCACAGUUGGCAACGGAUAUGGGGUCAUAGGAUUCAUUAAACAUGCGGUAAAGCAAAGAGGCUAGUAUGCCGUGAUAAUACCAUGGUUCCGUGCUGCAUGUUAGUGAAUUGGAAAGUCGUCCUCGACUAGCAUCACCGAGGAUCUUCCCCCUCUCCCUUCAUAUAGAAUCCGGAGAAUGGAAGAUAAGACCAUUCCUAAGACCAUUCCUAACUCCGACUCUGAGGUACUUGACAAAUUAGAGACCCCUUCGAUUCAUCCAGAUGCUUUAUACACCAACUAUGUCAACUCUACCUAGUUGCAUCUCCUUUUCUCAAUAAUAUUCAUUCUAUUAAAAGGAAUUACUCGUGCGACGAAGGGCUCACCUCCUAAAUGGCGAGCACAAUCAAUAAGCCGAGCGGCAUGCCAGCCAGAAACCAGAGCAUGCCGCACAUACAAGACAAAGAGCAAUAUGAAGGUCUCUUGAGUGAGAGCGAUACACAGUCGCUGGAUCGCGAAGACCUCCGCGCCUACUCCAAGAGGCGGCGGCCCUGGAGCUCACCCUUCUUCUAUAUCCCUACAAUAUUGUCAAUCUUCCUCGGGAUGGCCCUCGUCGCUGUAUGUUCUACCAACGCAGCGCGCCUGGACUCUAUGCUCAGCCAAAUACAAGAAAAAGUCUCAAGCCUCGAGACUGCUACGGCGUUAGCUCCCGCGGCGCAAGUGAAGCCAUCCAAGCCCACAGGAGAAGAGUUCGGCCAUUGCGGCCACUCCAUCAAAGAAGCCGAGUCGCUCGGCUGCAUUUUCGACCCUAUGUCCUGGGCGUGGCAAAGACCCGAGUGUUAUAAUGCCGAGCUAAUAAACGACUUCCUGGGCAUCUUCGAAUGGCACUUCUUCCCCAACAACGAGACUCGGCCGGAGGAGGAGCUAUCGCGGGAUACUUGGGUCCGCGGCCAAUAUAACGGUGCCUGGGGCUCUUGGGCAUGGCACAUGUACCAUUGUUCGUACUCGUGGCGCAAAUUUGAUGCUGCUUUCCAUGCCCAGAAACCGUUGGAUGACGAUAUCCUCGAUCCUGAACACACUAAGCACUGCUCUGUCGAGAUCAUCUUGCGGGACACAGACCCGGGACUUCAUGCACCUUGUCUUUCGAACCCUGAGGCUUGCGCAAUCUCGCAGAUGUGGAUGAAGUUUAAUAAGUGUGGCUAUUACUGAAGAUCAUCGCUGGUAGUUGAUAUCUAACUAGAGCAUGGGGUUUGGUGAAGUUAGCUUACCCAAUUCAUAGCUUCUCAUGAAGAUGCUACAUAGCCUCUCCGUAUCAAGUGCCUGCAUGUGGU